UACAAGAUUUGCCCCUUUUCUUCAACUCAUUCGGUUCGCAACAUGGCUCACGGCUAUGCCCCUACAGCGAUGGAGGAUGAUGGUUGUGGUGGUGUUGGGGGUCUUUGCUUCGAGUCGGACGGCGUGAGAUACGGACACUGGCGGCACUACGGCCACGGCCAGGGCGCCUACGAGAAGGUCGAGGAUUUGAAAUAUGUGGGACAGGGCCGUGGCAGCUGGGAUCGGGAGGUCCUUCCCACUGGGUGGCGCUGCCGCUUCUCCAGCCUUGCUUGCUGCUUUCUGGUGUUGGUUGCAGCUGCGCUUGCGGUGGGAUACGCCAUCUCUGGCAGGGCGUUCCACUCAGCCGUGGGCAACCUAGCAGGUCUGAGGUUUGACUGCACAGCAGCGAUCGACAGCUGGGAAACUGUGUGGACUGAUGAGAAAAAGGCCUAUUGCUGUGCACGGGUGGGUCAUGGAUGUGCUGCACAGCCGUACGAUUGCCAAGCUGCCCGAGGCAACUGGCAGGCAGCCUGGUCAGAGGCAAAGAAGAAGUGGUGCUGUGAGUUCGAGGGCAGCUGUCCAGGUGGAAGCACAAUGCAGUUCGACUGCAGUGGAACAGAGGCCGAUUGGAGCUCUGACAAGAAGAAUUGGUGCUGCAAAGAACAUAACCGUGGCUGCGACGUGGCUGAGCCGUAUGACUGCCGUGCGGGUGUCACAAACUGGCAAAAUGGCUGGAGUGAUCACAAGAAGUAUUGGUGCUGUAACAAAUACGACGUGGCUUGUCCCAACCCGGUGGUUUUUGAUUGUGAUGCAGGAUACAGCAAUUGGCAGCGAACUUGGUCGGCGGACAAGAAGGCUUGGUGCUGUGGCCGUCUGCAUCGUGGCUGCGACACCCCUCAGCCUUUCGAUUGUGACGACGGCUUCCACGAGUGGCGUUCCCACUGGUCGCUGGAGAAGCAGCAUUGGUGUUGCGUCCAUGCCAGCCGUGCCUGCCGGGAGGAGCACCACCAUGUACAAGUGGUUCAAGUGCCUGUCAAAGUGCCUGUGCCGGUUCCUGUGGUUGUUCACCAUCACCACCAUCACAUCGUCCACAACCGUGAGAAAAUAGUGGGCGAACAUUGGAUAACACAUCAUUACACCCAUGACACCGAGACUCACGAAGCCUACCAAUGCUGGAAGGAUGCUGGCUGGCGGACUUGGUCUCAUGAUCACAGGCACUACUGCUGCUCCCAUCACCAUGUCGCGUGUGGAGAUCCGUAUGCUCAUCAUCAUGAGCAUGCUGCAGUGGUGACUCACGUCACCCAUGUGGUCUAUGGCCACCACAGCCACGACAACUAUGACUGUUCUGCUGGGGUUCGAAACUGGAAGGCCGGUUGGUCAGACACGAAGAAGCAGUUCUGCUGCCAGAAAUACAGCCUCGGUUGCGAGGACUUUUCUGGAGGAGACACAGUUAUUGAUGGCGGAGUUUCGUCAGAGGGUAGCACCAUCGUCGAUGGUGGAAGUUUGUUGUCGUCUGUGGGCACAGUUGAUGACAGUGCUGGUGUGGAAUCAGUCGAUACUGGAGCUGUUGAUGACAGCACCGGGGUGGAAUC